GUCCGGAACCGUUUCCUCCUUUUUCCUGGACGGUUUUCAGUUCUCACUCCAUUCGCUCCACUCACCGCCGUCGUCCUCGCUGCUUCCGGCUCGGGUGCAGCACUUUAUAGCCUCCGCUCCCGUCGUUUCCGGGGUGGUUUGUGUAGAUCGGCGCACGGACACGCCCUCUGGAGUUGAACCCGGCGGAGUCGCUGUCGUCAUUUGUUUUUCUUUUUGCGCAAUUGGAUCGACAAAAAAUGGCAUAUUCAGGAUACGGAGGAGUCCCGGGCUCGUCUCCACAGCAGGAUCCUCUCUAUGGAUAUUUUUCAGCCGUGGCAGGACAGGAUGGACAGAUCUCGGCAGACGAGCUGCAGCGCUGCCUCACGCAGUCGGGCAUCUCUGGCUCAUAUCAGCCCUUCAGCCUGGAGACCUGCCGACUGAUGAUCAACAUGCUGGAUAGGGACUUUUCCGGCACCAUGGGCUUCGCCGAGUUCAAGGAGCUGUCGCAGGUCCUGAACGGAUGGAAGAAUGUUUUCGCCUCCUUCGACCGGGACCGCAGUGGAAUGAUGGAGGGCCACGAGCUGCAGCAGGCCACUGUCACCAUGGGCUUCCACCUGAGCCCUCAGGCCAUGGGCUGCAUCAUGAGGCGCUACAGCACGCACGGCCGGGUCCCGUUUGACGAGUUUGUGAGCUGCAGUAUCAGACUCCGCUCCCUGACCGAUCAGUUCCAAAGGAGAGACACCAGCAGGACCGGCAACGCCGCGUUUCAGUACGACGACUUCAUCCAGGUCACCAUGAGCGUCUGAGGAGGAAGAGACCAAACCGAGGGGGGCACACCAGUUUUCACACUCCAUCCCUCUUCUUUUAAUUUUUCUAAUAUUCUCUUGUAUAAACAACAUGAACAUGUCACCGCCACAUUCCAUUUUAAUAUGAACAUUAAAGAGGUCAUGUGUGUUGUAAUGAACUAACAGGAAUAUAGUGACCUGAGGCUGCACCAACAACUACAACCACUAGAGGGCUUGUGCACCUGCACCACCAACAACUACCACUAGAGGGCCCGUGCACCUAUGGGUUUUAUAAUCACGCACUGUUACAUUUAUAGGCAUUAAACUCAAGAGGAACCACGUCGGGCCAAAGUGCUGGUCAGGACGUGAACGUGUAUGAAGUGAAUAACCAUACGAACAUGUGAACAUAUAUGAAGUGAAUAAAAAUACGAGCAAACA